AACAACAACAAGGCUACUGAUUAUAUGGAUUUCGGUUGCUCCCUAGCCGAAAUAAAAUUGAAAUAUUGAAACUUUUUACAUGGUUUCGGUGUAUAUUAACCACUGUAUUUUAAACACACUUUUGUCGUCUACCUAGUUAUCCCGUUUAAAUGAACAUUUACUCUGUUGUUAUUAGUCAGGGAGCCCCGGCUUGAUAAAUUGGCCUAGCACUAUGCUAGUCGCUAAUGAUAACUAGCUAUCUUCUUUGACCAUGAGCUCACUAAACUACUCUCCUCCUGCUAAAGAAGAGGCGGUCUGCUGGACGGAGAAAGAGGGUCUGUGGCUGAACGUUGUCGUGAAAGAGGAGAAAGAAGAGGAGGAUGUCACCGUUAAACACGAAGUAGAGGAAGAGGAGGCUGUUACAAUACAAAAACAAGUAGAGGGUGAGUCUGUGACAGUGAAACGAGAAGAGAAAGACGUUUCAGUGAAAGAAGAGGAAGACGCGUUCAGAGUGAAAGAGGAAGAGGAUGUUACUGUGAAAGAGGAGGAGGAAGAGAAAGAGGAGGAUGCAGUUUUUGGAGUGAAGGAGGAGAAAGAGGAGAUGACUGUCAUAUCGAACAAGGAGGAGACAGGAGACCUGAUUAACACCAGAGAGAGACGUGACUAUCUUGGAUCCUCCGAGGAGCCUCAACAACAACAUGAUGCUGACGAGGUUGAGAAGAGUCUCUCCACAUCAGAACACCUCAAGAAACAUCAGCCGAGAUUCAUCUAUUCAACAGAACUUAAAAGACAUCAGAGAAUCAAUACAGGAGAAAAACCUCACAGCUGUGAUCAAUGUGGGAAGAGUUUUGCUAAGGCAGGAGGCCUGGCUACACACCACAGAAUACACACUGGAGAAAAACCGUACCACUGCCCUGACUGUGGAAUGAGCUUUGCUACCUCAAGUCAGCUGAUAAGACAUCAGAAAACACACACAGGAGAAAAGCCUUAUUGCUGUGAUCAGUGUGGGAAGAGAUUCAUUCAAUCAGCGAACCUGACUGUACACAAGAGAAUACACACUGGAGAGAAACCGUACCACUGCUCCAACUGUGCGAAGAGCUUUUCUACUUCAAGCGGAUUGAUAACACACCAGCGAACACACACAGGAGAGAAGCCUUACCACUGCUCUGACUGUGGAAAGAGCUGUACCACCUCAAGUGCACUGAUAUCACACCAGCGUACACACACAGGAGAGAAGCAUUACCACUGUUCUGUUUGCGGGAAGAGUUUUGCUACUUUAAGCAACCUGACACAACACCAGCGAACACACACAGUAGGAAAGCCUCAUAGCUGUGAUCAAUGUGAUAAGAGAUACUCCCAUCUAAUGUCUCUCAUUAAACAUCAGAAAAUACAUGAAAAAGAUCCAGACCUGCGUAGUAGAACACAGAGUGUAGAAUGAUAUCCAACACCAGACCUGGGUAGUAGAACACAGAGUGUAGAAUGAUAUCCAACACCAGACCUGGGUAGUAGAACACAGAGUGUAGAAUGAUAUCCAACACCAGACCUGGGUAGUAGAACACAGAGUGUAGAAUGAUCUCCAACACCAGACCUGGGUAAUAGAACACAGAGUGUAGAAUGACCUGGGUAGUAGAACACAGAGUGUAGAAUGACCUCCAAAACCAGACCUGGGUAGUAGAACACAGAGUGUAGAAUGACCUCCAAAACCAGACCUGGGUAGUAGAACACAGAGUGUGGAAUGAUCUCCAACACCAGACCUGGGUAGUAGAACACAGAGUGUGGAAUGAUCUCCAACACCAGACCUGGGUAGUAGAACACAGAGUGUAGAAUGACCUGGGUAGUAGAACACAGAGUGUAGAAUGACCUCCAAAACCAGACCUGGGUAGUAGAACACAGAGUGUAGAAUGACCUCCAAAACCAGACCUGGGUAGUAGAACACAGAGUGUGGAAUGAUCUCCAACACCAGACCUGGGUAGUAGAACACAGAGUGUAGAAUGACCUCCAAAACCAGACCUGGGUAGUAGGACACAGAGUGUGGAAUGACCUCCAACACCAGACCUGGGUAGUAGAACACAGAGUGUGGAAUGACCUCCAACACCAGACCUGGGUAGUAGAACACAGAGUGUGGAAUGAUCUCCAACACCAGACCUGGUUAGUAGAACACAGAGCGGAAUGACCUCCAACACCAGACCUGGGUAGUAGAACACAGAGUGUGGAAUGACCUCCAACACCAGACCUGGGUAGUAGAACACAGAGUUUAGAAUGAUCUCCAACACCAGACCUGGGUAGUAGAACACAGAGCAAUGAUCUCUUUGUGAUAACGUUUGAUGCAGCUGGUUCAACUUGUUUCAUCCUUCAGUAUUUCUUAAAUAAUACUAUUGACAGCUCUAAUGUCAAAUGAUCUGAUUUCAUAGUUUGUAUAUGAUCAAAUGGCAGGGGCGGCAGGGUAGUGUUUAGAGUGUAGAGGUGGCAGGGUAGCCUAGUGGUUAGAGUGUAGAGGUGGCAGGGUAGCCUAGUGGUUAGAGUGUAGAGGUGGCAGGGUAUCCUAGUGGUUAGAGUGUAGAGGUGGCAGGGUAGCCUAGUGGUUAGAGUGUAGAGAUGGCAGGGUAGCCUAGUGGUUAGAACGUUGAACGGAACAUUGAACCAGCUAACGGAACAUUGAACCAGCUGACGGAACAUUGAACCAGCUGACGGAACAUUGAACCAGCUGACGGAACAUUGAACCAGCUGACGGAACAUUGAACCAGCUAACGGAACAUUGAACCAGCUAACGGAACAUUGAACCAACUAACGGAACAUUGAACCAGCUAACGGAACAUUGAACCAGCUGACGGAACGUUGAGUCAGUUCUACAUAUUCCUAAACAUGUACAGUGUUCCAAAUUUCAUAUUGUUGAUAAAUAUGUAGUUCUCUUAUAUUUUAGUUGAAUCUGUAUUUGUUUUCUACAAAUCACACCGUAACGCCUGAGGGGUAAUCAUUUUUAUUUUAUUCAAUUGAGUAUUGUAACAAGUAUAAAAAAGCUCAUGUGUUUGAGAAUGAGUCAACUGUGUUGGGUGUAUUGUG